AUGAAAGCCGGAGCAGGAUCCCGGCCAGCGUGGCUGAACGAUUCUCUCCGGAUGCUACGGAAGAGUGCAGGAAGUGCAACUGCAAAGUGGAGGAAGCAACUGCGAGAAGAUCCAGCCAUGCGAGGAGUGCUGGUGGCGCAGUUUUCCAAACUUGCCGAGGUUGUUGCAGAGGUCUUAAAUCGUGAGUGGGUGCUUGAUGAAGGCCCUUACGCUGCGGAUCCAGGUUCGCCUCUAAGCUGGUUCAAAGUCAAUAUGUACCACAUUUGCCAGCAUUUCAUCAUUCCCUUGACAAGCGAACAUGCUUGCUCUUAUGUGGAGCUUGUGGCUUCGGACUUGCAACCUCCAGGUGCGUGGGCUAAAAUCCAAUGGAUGGUGUCUCAUGCAUGGAGCACCCACUUUGCAGCCACUGCAGAGAUGCUGAAGCAGCAUGCGCUUUCUCGGAAACCACAGGAGUCAAUGGAGAUGUCCUAUUGGUGUUGCACGUUGGCCAACAAUCAGCACGACCUCUCUUCUCUACAAGAAGUUGAUUUGCUCAAAACGCCCUUUGCCCGUGUUUUGGUUAGCGUUGGCUGCUUUGGAACUGUGAUCCUUUGCGAUUCAGAAGUGACGCCACUUCGACGGGUCUGGUGCGUUUUUGAAGCUCAUCUAACACAAAGGCUUCGCUCAAGGGAGGAUGACCUGAGCUCAAAGAGCACUCACUUUUUGGAUUUGGUUGCCUUUGAUGAGAGUGCAGGCUCCCCAAAGCCAUACGCCCCGGAAUCUGUGGCAAUCUUGCAAGAUGGCGUGAAGGGCUGGAAUGAGGUGGCCGCUGGGCAGGCACACUUUCCACUGGAAGUGGCCCGUGUCGGAACUUCUGUGGAUAUCAGGCUUGCAGAGGCGUCUUUGCAAAGUGACCGGCAUGCCAUCAUGAACUUCAUUGCCUAUGGGGCAAUGACUUUGAAGACUUCUUCCAAUCCACCACCUGUGAAACACGUGGCCUAUGACAAGCUGAACGAAUUUGUUCACAGUGCUUUUGCCUCUGCAGAGCUUUACCGAUUGGCCUGUGAACGGCCUGAAGGAUGUGUGGAGAGAGCUAAAGAACUCCUCUCGCUGGGAGCCGAUCCCAACAGUUUCGUUCGGGAAGGUAACACUGCCAUUCUGGCGCUUGUUGGAGCUGACCCCACACAGCCCGCCCCAGCAGAUUUGGAAGUAUUUCAAGAGAUGUCCUCCCUGUUGAUUGCGAACGGGGCCCGCAUCAACCACGUGAACUCCCACAUGCGCACUGCCCUGGAUCACAUCGAGUCAAGUUCAGCUGAGGUAGCCGCAGAGCUGGCGAAGCAUCUCAAAGCACAAGGUGCCCGCUCGUUCGAGGAUUCCGCAGCUGAAGCCGAAAGGUUGUGGAACGAAUAUGUCCAAGAAGUGCUCUUCCGUGGUGGCUUUGGUGCACCAACUGACGAGGCAAAAGGCAAAGAUGGCAAAGCCAAGCCACCAACCCAAGCCUUUGGUGGUUCUGGGGGUGGUGGAACUGGAGCCAAACUCCUGGGUAAAGCGGAGCAAAGUCUCCGUGAAGCAGUGUCUUUUUUAAAGCUCUACCCGGACGCACUCUGUUGGAUCGAGACACCAUCUGGUCCCCACGACAAACACGAUCUCCGGGGCAAAUCGGUCAUGAGCUGCCUGAAAGCAGCAGGGGCACCAAAUCCUUUUGAAUUGAGAUGCUUGGAAGGAUGA